GAGCUGAUCACAGAGCAGAGAGCCAAACUGAGCAGGCGCGGCGCACGAGCGUCUCAAGAAGUCAUCUUGACCGUCUGUGCGCCAGACCGAAUUGGGGAACAGGACAGAUUUUCAGCUCUGAGAAUCCCGCUUUACCGUGUGAAGAGAUGACCCUGUCUUCGGAACUGACAUAACGGUUAAAGGGUGACUCAGUGAACAUGGCCCCAAAUUCCAUCCACUGGUUCCGGAAGGGCCUCCGUCUCCAUGACAACCCUGCACUUCAGGAGGCAGUAAGUGGGGCAGACACUGUUCGAUGUGUCUACUUCCUGGAUCCCUGGUUCGCUGGGUCGUCCAACCUUGGGGUCCACAGGUGGAGAUUUCUCCUGCAGUGCCUGGAUGAUCUUGAUUCCAAUCUAAGAAAACUCAAUUCCCGCCUUUUUGUCAUCCGAGGUCAACCAGCCAAUGUAUUUCCACGCCUUUUCAAGGAAUGGAAAAUAUCCAGGUUGACCUUCGAGUAUGAUUCAGAACCGUUUGGAAAGGAGAGAGAUGCAGCUAUUAAAAAGCUUGCGAUGGAGGCUGGGGUUGAAGUCAUUGUCAAGAUUUCACACACCCUUUACAACCUUGAUAAGAUCAUUGAACUAAAUGGUGGUCAGCCUCCCCUCACUUACAAACGUUUCCAGACACUGAUCAGCCGAAUGGACCCGCCAGAGAUGCCAGUGGAAACCCUCUCCAGCAGUAUUAUGGGCUCCUGUGUCACACCUGUCUCUGAAGACCAUGGGGACAAAUAUGGUGUGCCAUCGCUGGAAGAACUAGGAUUUGACAUCGAUGGACUAUCAUCUGCUGUCUGGCCAGGAGGUGAAACAGAGGCAUUAACAAGGAUUGAAAGGCAUCUGGAGCGAAAGGCCUGGGUUGCAAAUUUUGAAAGACCCAGAAUGAAUGCCAAUUCUUUGCUAGCCAGUCCGACUGGCCUGAGUCCCUACCUCCGUUUUGGCUGCCUCUCCUGCCGCCUCUUCUAUUUCAAACUCACAGACCUCUACAGGAAGGUAAAGAAAACCAGCACUCCUCCACUCUCCCUCUAUGGUCAGCUGCUGUGGAGGGAAUUUUUCUACACUGCUGCCACCAACAACCCACGAUUUGAUAAGAUGGAAGGCAACCCGAUCUGUGUGCGCAUCCCCUGGGACAAGAACCCAGAGGCUUUAGCCAAAUGGGCUGAAGCUAAGACAGGUUUUCCAUGGAUUGAUGCCAUUAUGACCCAGCUGAGGCAGGAGGGCUGGAUCCACCACCUGGCCCGUCAUGCUGUUGCUUGUUUUCUCACUCGUGGAGACCUGUGGAUCAGUUGGGAAGAGGGCAUGAAGGUGUUCGAGGAGCUCCUGUUGGAUGCUGACUGGAGUGUAAAUGCAGGCAGCUGGAUGUGGCUCUCCUGUAGCUCUUUCUUUCAACAGUUCUUUCAUUGCUACUGUCCAGUGGGUUUCGGCAGGCGCACGGACCCUAACGGCGAUUUCAUUAGACGAUAUUUACCUAUUCUCCGAGGUUUCCCUGCCAAAUAUAUCUACGACCCAUGGAACGCCCCAGACUCUGUGCAAGCUGCUGCCAAGUGCAUCAUUGGCGUCCACUACCCCAAACCCAUGGUGAACCACGCUGAAGCGAGUCGCCUUAACAUCGAGAGGAUGAAGCAGAUCUACCAACAACUUUCACGCUACAGAGGACUUGGACUUCUGGCCUCUGUACCAUCCACACAAAACGGGAAUGGGAUGGCGUACUCCCCAGGGGAACAGCAGUCGGGGACCAAAACACCAGCAACAGCUGUAUCAGGUGGUUCCAGUGGAAAAAGGAGUGGAAGUAUUCUGUUGAAAUUUGACAGUGAAGAGCAGCAGGGACCAAGUGGAAUUCAACAGCAGCAGCAUCAGCAAUCAGGAUACCAUCACAUGACCGACACCGGGCACAGCAGUCGAAUUUACAAAUGUAAUGUCUCACACGACAUGAAAGGCCCACAGCAUUCAGGACAUCUGCUGCACUCAGGAGGAAGUGUGACAGGUAAGAGGGAGCGAGAGUCGGAACGAGAUCUUGAUGGUGAAGAUGACACCCUCCCCACCUCUCACAAGUUACAGCGGCAAAUUCUCACUUCGGUUCACAGCGGGAAGCAGUCAAGUAUGAAGAGUUAAAUGGACAUAUCAUCAUACUGAGCAGAACAGAUUCAAAACAAGGCACAGUCUGAAAGGGAGUGACUUGAAAUCUGUUUUUUUUUUAAACAACUCAUUUUUUGGGAUUUUUUUUCUUUUCUUUUUUCCCUCCUUUUCCUCAUAUUUUUUUUACUUUUUCUUGUAUUCAAUUGAUAUGAAUAUUUUGAUCAUUUAAUGAAAUUCAGUUGCUUUAAAAAUAAGUUACUGAUUUUACAUCUU